AUGCGUUUCGUGACUCUGGCCCUCUUCCUUGGGGCUGCUCUGGCUGAUACUAGUAUCACGCUGAGGCCCACCAUCAAUGGCAAUGUGGACGCUGAAUAUCCCGCAAAAUGCUAUCCAGACCCCUGCAAAGGAAUCACCUCCGUGAACUCCACCGCCGUCUGCGGUGACCCACGCCUGGGCCCAAUCGAGCUUCCUAAAUACUUCCCCCUCUCGACAGAGACCCGAACCUACUACCGUUUCGGCAACCUCUGUCCCUAUGAGUGGCUCGCAAAGUACACCUUGAACGUCUCCGACCCAAACGCAUACUUUAUCUACCCCGGCGCCGGCGGCUUCGCCAACACAACCGACCAGACCCCCAUCUACGGCAACGCAACAUUGGUGGUGGGCCAAAAGAUUGAUCGAUUCGGAGGCGACUCUGGACAAUACUUAGCUCCCCUAGGUGCUCCCUAUAUUGAGCGUGCCUUGCCGCCCAAGAACUUGUUUGCGGAUAAAAAUAGCAGCUAUCCCUAUAACUAUCAUGUGUACGAGGUGAUGAAGCCGAUCGAUGUUGAUUUGGGCCCUGUUGCGGGUUGGUUCGAGCAACCAGGUUUUGGAACACAGUUUGCCUUGAAGGGGGCCUUGCAGAAUAACAAGACUAUCACUAUUGCCACUCUGGUGGCGGAUAAAAGUUUGAAAGAAUUGGAGAAGAGGGAGUAUGAUGAGGCUAAGGACUUUGCCGCGGACUAUCUGCCUACUCCUCCACAGUAG